CAAAUUUGAGUUGCUCUUCUUUUCAUGCUUAAUCCAAUCUUCCGAAUGUCACGAUCUCUCAAAUCGAUGCUGCUGAGCAGAGAAGUCGAAGGACAAUGACAUUCGUAGUCCAGUAGCCUUUCUCGUGAAGAUGUUCAUGUUCCAUGUCGGGAUCAAGCGAUUUCGUAAGAUCAGUGCGGAAACCAUCUUUUGGCUUCGGGCCUGAUGGACGAAUAUGCUAUCGCUUGAAAGUGAAGGAUAGUGAAGGCAAUGUGACGCUGCUGCCUAAUCCUCUACGAAUAAGGACUUGCAGUGUGGUCGAUGUCAGCUUGGAGAGAGGAGAUGAAAGAUCGUCGUUUCCCAUCCAAUGUGCGUACUGCGAGACAAGACCAGAAGCAAGGUGGAUCUGGUCCGAACCAGACGAGCGAGAAGCACAAGCAGAGGAGAUCAUAAAGCCCAAGAGUUUCUUCAAAAUCCUUCUGAAAAGCAUUGCAGAUUUCUUGGGUUUGCGAAGGAAGAAAAAACGAUGAAAUUGUCCUCCAUCACCUCCAUGAAACUGAAGAUUUGCAAGAUGUGUACAUUGGGCGACAACUUCUUGGAGACUUGCAGUUUAGAAAAGAGGAUUUUGUGGGGUAUCAAAGCUACAUGUUUUUCCUUAAUUCUCUAAACAGCAUCACUUAGUAACAAAAAGAUGGCAUACGAUAUCAGUAUACUACCGAUAGACAUAACGACUUGAAAGCUGACAUCAUAACUUUGUGUCUAGAGCUUCACUUUUUUGUGGCAGUCAAGUAAUGGGCUUUCAGACCUCAGUUCGAUCACCGUCUGUAGUAUACUGGCAUUGAUGUAUGGUCUUAUUUAUGUAAUCCGUUGAAUACUGGUUUGGUGGUCACGCUGAAAUUUUAUGUGCACAAACUUGACGUUUUUAUUC